UCUCUCUGUCUUUCAGGUAGUGUUCUCUAGCUCUACCCUACUCUGGAUCUAGCUCCAAUUUAAAGGGGAUAUUGCAUAUAUCCAUGCCGCAGUCCUCCGCAGCUGGUAAUCAUUCGGAGAGCCUCGGCAACGGCGGGGGCGGCGGCGGCUUCUCGUGGACGUCUGCUGUGUCCUUGUUCUUGUUCCUGACCUUCAACUCGGCCAUGGCGGUCUACCACUCCAAGGGCGACGAGGCCAUCGUGGCCUUCGUGGCCACCUCCUACCUGGACCUCCUGCUGCUCUUCUGCUGCCUCUGGUUCUACAACAGGGCGGCGCCGGGGUCUCCACGGAGGAACCGGCUCAAGGCCUCCGUCUGGACUCUCACCACGCUACUCACCUUCUCCUACGCCUACAUAGUCAUGGGCACGGCUGGCCUCACGCUCCCUGUGGCGCUGCUGGUCUGGGUCAUCGCCGCCGCCACCGGGAUUGGGGCAUCCUCUGCCUUCUUCGAGCAAGCAGCCAGUGUCAACCAACCGGCGGAUGAAACUCUGCUGCUGCCACCGGUGUAAUCUCGUUCUGGAUCACGGUUAACCGAGGACUAUGUUAUGACGAUGCAUGCAUAUCAUAUGCUAGCUGGCUCUCUGUGCAAUUACUGUGCUUAGAAUAUUUUGUUCUGUGUUCAUGUAAAAAGACGGAAACCACUCUCGGUGAGACAGUGGAGUUGUAACUUGUACGAUUUUAGAUCGACUUCGCUCUCUGCUGUAUAGUUAGGUUCACUUUAA